AUGGCAUCGAAAUUACCUUACACGGCGAUUCCAAUUGAUGAUUCAUUUAUUAAAAUGAUACCGAAUCAAGCCACAAAAUUAAUCCAAGAAAUUCAAAAAGAUAUUGCAAACGAAAAAGAAAUAUCUGAUCGGACUUAUCAAGCAUGUGAUGCAAUUCUUCAAAGUAUUCAAAAAGAAUAUCUCCGUAUACAAAUUGAAUUCGUUGAAGAAACACAAAUACUUAUUACAAAAGCUUUACUAGAACCAAAUAAAAAAUUCCAUGAAACUUGGUUGCAAUUUUUCGAGAUAUUUGCAGGAAGAUGUCAUCAAAUAACUGGGCCGAUUCUUCAAGUGUUGAACUCCGUGGCUUCGGAGAGCAAACGCCUACAGGACAAAUAUCGUUUAUUGUUAGCUGGUGCCACAGCUUUCUCAGUUGUCUCUACAGUAUUUAUUGGUGGACUGAUACUGCAUUUUUUGCCAGAAGCUUGGUGUUGUUUUACACUUACGGCUAGUGGACUUUCUUUAGCAGCAGCUGGAGCACUUUCAGCAGCUGGUCUAGCUAUUGCGUGUGUCAUUGGAGCAAUGAACAUAUCAGCAAUACGUGCUGUAUAUGAUAGAUGUACAAGCGAGUUACAAACAUUAUUAACUAAAUACCUCCCAUGUUUAUUUAAUGUGCAUAAAAACACGGUUACCUCAACAGAAUUGCAGCAAGCUAUCAAAGGCUCGAUCGAUACAUUCAAGGUCAAAGAAGAUGUCUGGAUUAAUAUUGAUACAUUGGAAAUGUUGAAACGGUCAACAGUUCGCGAACUCGAUGCUUUAAAGCAAAAAGCAAACCCAUAA